CGUCUUCUUGUCAGCGGCUUAUACCCACCACCCGUUACCCGUGUUUCUCGGACAUCAACAGGAAAUCGUUUUUUUACUCAAAAACUACGGAUAGUUUAACAACUACAAAAGGACUUGAGCCCCAGUGUCGGCAACACCAUUUAGCAUGUCGCGACCAACAGGUCACCUUCUUCAACAGCUUAGAGCUCUGAUGAAAAACAAGAAUUAUGUGUCAGAGGCAAUACAGGCUUAUAUCAUACCCUCCUGCGACGCCCACCAGAGUGAAUAUCUGGCUUCCUGUGAUCUUCGUCGAGGAUUUAUAUCUGGAUUUGAUGGUUCUGCAGGGACAGCAAUUGUGACAGACCACAAAGCUGCAUUGUGGACAGAUGGGAGGUACUUUCUCCAUGCUGAGAGACAGCUAGAUGCCAACUGGAUGCUGAUGAGAGAUGGUCUUCCAGACACCCCAAAGCAGGAAGAGUGGCUUAUUCAAGAACUCCCAAUUGGCUCAAGGGUUGGAGUGGAUCCAUUCCUGAUGCCACUAGUUCAGUGGAAGAAGAUGUCAACGACUUUGAGAUCAGCAGGCCUGACUUUAGUCCACACAGAAACUAACCUUGUAGAUAUAGUGUGGGAAAAACAUGAUCGCCCCUGUCCCCCAUCAGAUGGAGUGAUGCCCCUUGGGUUAUCUUACACUGGAAAAUCAUGGCAAGACAAAGUCAAAGAGCUGCGCACAACUUUGAAGAAGAAGAAAGCCACAGCAUUUGUCUUGACAGCUUUGGAUGACGUUGCUUGGAUGUUUAAUCUCCGUGGUUCAGAUAUUGAAUUUAACCCAGUUUUCUUUGCCUACGCUAUUGUAACAUUGGACAAUGUCUUCUUAUUCAUUGAUCAAAACAAGAUUGACUCUUCUGUGCGCAAGCACUUGGAAUUAGACAAUUCUGAUAGCAAUGAAACUAGGAUUACCUUAAAGGAAUACAAUGAGAUCCAAGAUGCAUUGCGGGAAGAGGUGGCUAAGGGCAGUCGGAUAUGGAUCAGUUCAAAUUCUAGUAUGGCUUUGACUUCCUUAGUUCCAGAAACAUGCAUGCUUGAUGAAUCAUCUCCUGUUGCCCUCAGCAAAGCCCUGAAAAAUGAAGUGGAGCUGGAAGGACUACGGCAAUCACAUAUCCGUGAUGCUGUUGCUUUGUGUGAGUUCUUUGCUUGGCUGGAACAAGAGGUGCCCAAGGCGGAACUUACCGAAAUAUUGGCAGCAGAUAAGUUGGAAGAGUUGAGAAGGGAGCAAGAUGAUUUUGUGAGUUUAAGCUUCGCCACCAUCUCCAGUUCAGGGUCUAACGGCGCCAUUAUUCACUACAGACCUACAGAAGAGACGACCCGGAUGAUUUCCAAGAAUGAUCUGUAUCUGUGCGACUCAGGAGCCCAGUACAAGGAUGGCACCACAGACGUGACACGUACUGUACACUUCGGGAAACCUACAAGAUACGAACAGGAAUGUUUCACCCGUGUCUUCAAGGGUCACGUGAGCCUGGCAAUGACAGUCUUUCCCAACAAAACCACAGGUCAUAGGCUUGAAGUGCUGGCGCGAAAGGCAUUGUGGGAUGUAGGUUUGGACUAUCUUCACGGCACGGGGCAUGGUGUCGGCUGUUUUCUUAAUGUCCAUGAGGGUCCACAAGGGAUAAACCUUCGCGCCAGACCCGACGAGGCGCCACUAGAGGCAGGCAUGACCACGUCUAUCGAGCCUGGUUAUUAUGAAGAUGGCAAUUUCGGAAUUCGCAUUGAGAACGUCUACAUCAUCAAGCCGGUGGAGUUACAGUAUAACUUCAAGAACAAAGGUUGGCUUGGCUUUGAACAUUGUACCCUGUUUCCUAUUCAAACCAAAAUGCUGAUUCCAUCGAUGUUGAGUCAAGAAGAGGUGGACUGGCUGAACUCUUACCACGAGCUUUGUGCAGAGAAAGUUGGUGCUGCUCUUCGUGAACAGGGAAGACAUGAAGCGCUUAGCUGGCUCUUGAAGGAAACCAGGCCGCUCGGCUAGAAAUACAACAGUAACUCUAUUGCAUUAUCCACGAACGGAAGACUACAGCCACUGUUUUCCACAAACUUAUGGGCAAGACCACUGUUGAAAUCACUCUGUCAAGAAAACCAGGGCCCGGUUCCUCGAAAGCAGGUUAGCGCUUAUCCACGGAUAAAUAUAUUAACGAGAUAUUUGAUUGGAUAACCUUAUUUAACUCUGGGUUAGCGUUAACCUGCUUUCUUUGAACCUUCCGAGUCGUCACAACUACCACUAACAAUGAGCUAGUAUAACCAGUGCAGUACAAAACUAAAGCCACUAUUAUCCACAAACAACGUAGCUUUAUUUAAACCUUUGUUUAUUCAAGUGCGUGCACUUUGAGCAUGUAUCUGAUUGAAUAAAAGCAAUAUCCUCAAA